CUUCCCGGGUCCCAUCCUGAGGCGGAGCCCGCCCUUGUCAACCGGAGCCUGAGCGAUCAUGGCAACGGGCUGGGGCAGAGAGCGUGUGGCGGCUGAGGCGGCUGAGGCGGCUGAGGCGGCGGCGGCAGUGUGUUCUCAGGCCGGAGCGGUGGAGCGGCGGCGGCGGCGGCGCUGGCACUGGCCUUGGCACCGGCCCUGAGCGCCAUGAGACGGGGCAGCGGCGACAGGGAGCUGGCGCUCCGGAGGGAGGCGGGGGCGGCGGCCGAGCCGGUCGUCGUGGACGCGGGUGCGGCUGGAGAGCCGGAGCACAAGGCAGCUGAGGAGCAGCCCAAGGUCCCGGGCCCGGAGCAGCCCCGCGCGGCUGUGGAGGAGGGGGACGCCGGCGUCUCGCCACGGCCGCCGCUCGCCAGAGCCCCGCACAAGCCGGAGGAGCCGGAGGAGCCGCCGGCGCGGGACGUCUGCCCGCCCGGGAAGCCCAGGAGCAAGGGCCGCAGCGGCAAGCGGAGCUCUCACGGGGACGGCUCUCAGCGGCCGGUCACCGUGGACAGCUCCAAGGCCAAGACGUCCCUGGACGCCCUCAAGAUCAGCAUCCGCCAGCUCAAGUGGAAGGAGGUCCCAUUUGGCCGCCGUGUACCUUGUGACAUCUACUGGCACGGAGUUUCAUUCCAUGACAAUAAUAUAUUCUCGGGUCAAGUGAACAAGUUCCCAGGCAUGACGGAGAUGGUGCGGAAAGUCACCCUGAGCCGAGCAGUCAGGGUGAUGCAAAACCUCUUUCCCGACGAGUACAACUUCUACCCGCGCUCCUGGAUUCUGCCCGAGGAGUUCCAACUCUUUCUUGCUCAGGUGCGAAUGGUGAAAGAAGGGAACCCCGCCUGGAAGCCCACUUUUAUUGUGAAACCUGAUAGCGGCUGUCAGGGUGAUGGCAUCUACCUCUUCAGAGACCUCGGCGACUCCCGCCUGUUGGGGACCUUGCAGAGCCGGCCUGCGGUGAUCCAGGAGUACAUGUGCAAACCCCUUCUCAUUGACAAGCUCAAGUUCGAUAUCCGCCUGUACGUCCUGCUCAAGUCCCUGGACCCCUUGGAGAUUUACAUAGCCAAAGAUGGCCUCUCGCGGUUCUGCACGGAGCCCUACCAGGAGCCCAGCUCCCAAAACCUGCACCAUGUCUUCAUGCACCUCACCAACUACUCGCUGAACAUCCACAGCGGCAAGUUUAUCCACUCGGACAGUGUGAGCACGGGCAGCAAGAGGACUUUCUCCAGCAUCCUCUGCAGGUUGUCUUCCAAAGGUGUCGACAUCAAGAAGGUCUGGUCUGACAUCAUCUCCCUGGUAAUCAAGACCGUUAUCGCACUGAUUCCACAGCUCAAAGUCUUCUACCAGUCCGACAUCCCCACAGGGAAGCCUGGCCCUACCUGCUUCCAGAUCCUGGGCUUUGACAUUCUGUUAAUGAAAAACCUGAAGCCCGUGCUGCUUGAAGUCAACGCCAACCCCAGCAUGAGAAUCGAGCAUGAGCAAGAACUCUCUCCAGGGGUGUUUGAGAAUGUCCCCAGUGUCGUCGACGAGGAAGUAAAGGUGGCCGUGAUCAGAGACACGCUGCGCCUCAUGGACCCCCUCAAGAAGAAGACAGACAAUCAGUCCCAGCAACUUCCAGUGGCCAGCAAGGAGGAGCCUGUGUCGGGCAAGCAGACAUGCGCCCCCGACGGCGACAACAACCCUGAGGCCCAGCUGCCCUCCCUCUGCCUCAAGCAGGUGUUCCCCAAGUAUGCGAAGCAGUUCAACUACCUGCGCCUGGUGGACCGCAUGGCAAACCUGUUCAUCCGCUUCCUGGGGAUGAAGGGCACAAUGAAGCUCGGGCCCACUGCCUUCCGAACCUUCAUCAGGAAUUGCAAGCUCAGCAGUGGCAGUUUGUCCAUGGCCUCUGUGGACAUCCUCUACAUCGACGUCACCAGGAAGUGGAACUCUCUCGCCUUGGACAAGCGGGACUCAGCUAGAACUUCCACCGCGUAUUCUGAAUCCACAGGCAGGCUGGCUACAGAACAUCAGAAAAUGCAGACAAAGCCGAAAGAAAAUUCGGGGAUGUGUCUGCAGGCAUUCGUGGAAGCCUUCUUCAUCCUGGCCCAGCGCAAGUUCAAGUUGCUGCCCCUUCACGAGCAGGUAGCCUCGCUGAUCGACCUGUGCGAAUAUCACCUGUCCAUGCUGGAUGAGAAGCGCCUGGCCAGCAGCCAGAAUGGCACCACCAGGGGCCAGCAGCAGCCCCAGGAAGGCACCCUGGGGCAGGGCUCCCUGCAGCUGCCAGGGGGCAACCCUCCGGCCUGCACCAACGGUGCCAGCAGGCACUCCCACCCCAAGCACACUCUGUCCUGAGGGCCACUUCAGCCCGCCCAAGGGACGAGAAUGCCCUUCAGGACUCCCUGCUUGUGGAGGGUUGGCAGAAUUCCCCAGGAUGACAGCCCCCAGGCUCCAGGUCUUGGCGUUCAGCUGAGCUGCACCCUGCGAGGCUACCAGCACCUCCUGGUGACUCACUGGUCUGCCAGGCGUCACUGGACACGGGACAUGUGCAGCGGGACAGAUGGUGCCUUCUAUUUGGGGUCACUAGGGGCAGAGCUGCUGUGUUCAUGGGUGGGGCAUGCACGGUGCCCAUGCCCAGAGAGCUGUGGGGCCCAGAAGUGAAGCCUCGGAUGGGCAGGGCCCCUGAGUAGGGCUACUUCCGGCCCCGGAGCAUCACGUAUUCCCACAGCCCACUCUCAAGAUGGCAGCCCACACUUCUCAGCCCACUCAUGUGCUACGUGGGUGUAGUUAACAGAUUCAUCUCAUUUAUUUCCUUAGCUUGCCUCUUGCUGCAGUGUUUAGUUUGUUGCUAAUUAAGAAAUAAUUAAUUAAGAAGUAACUAAGUCAUAAGGCUCCCUGAGCCUCAGAGCUUGACGGGAGUGUCAGAGGUCAUUUUGUUGGAUUCUGUUUGACCCUGACACCCCCAAAGCAGGAAUGCGGCCUUCAGCCUUUCCUACCAAGUGGCCCUGUGGUCUUUGGAUGAGCCACUGCAUGGACAGGGGCACUGGCCAUGUGACCAGGGGAAUGUGUGCUCACAGGAAUGAGAAACAAGGCUCCCUAGUGGAGUACAAAAGACCUGGGUAAGAAUCAGGGUGAGCAGGAGUUGGCACUGGCUGAAACUCAACUGCCAGGAGACCUGCUCCUUGUCACGGUUCGUAUCCCAGGCCUGUGCCCUCGAAGGGACGCCUGGGAGGCAGCUGGACACAAUCCUUUCAGAAAUGGCCUUGGGCCUUGCAAAACUUAGCUCUCCCAUGCACUGUUGGACAUGAGGGUCAAGGUGGCCAUUUCCAGAAGGUUCCUUUCAGGGAUCCCAAUCCUUACACUCUGAGCCAGGAGGCACCUACACGAUGCCUGGCACAUGGCGCAAGGCCGAUUGUGUCUGCAGGUGCAGAGGAGGCAAGAGCGAGCCUCAAGUGUGCUCCACGUCUGCCUUCUGCAUCUUGCCUUCUCUUCCUUCCUCUGGCAUCCCAUCCUGUCUCCCUAGCCAUGUCUCCAUCCCCCAAGCCAACUGGUGCAGUUGGCUGAAGA